GCUUCCGGGGUGCUCUCCUCCACCCUAACGCCCUUGCGACCCCCACCCUCCCUCUCCAUAGCUUGCAUUCGGCAAUGGCGUCGAGCAUCUCGAUAUCGAACCCACCACUCAAUUCUCGUAGAACUCGCGCUCACCGGCUUCUAGUGAGUGGGGCGCCAUUGGCCGCCACGACAUCCACCGUCGCAGCCUGGCCAUUGACAUCAGUCGCCGCUCCCUCUACCGCACUUAAAACCACGGCCACCUUCACCGCCACCGCCACCGCGGCGGUCGUCGCGAAACCCCCUCUCGCCAGCGUGUGGAGGGAGAUUCAGGGCUCCGACGAUUGGGAGGACCUGGUCGAGCCGCUGAACCCCCUCCUCCGCGAGGAGAUCGUGCGGUACGGGGAGUUCGUCGCCGCCUGCUACAAGGUUUUCGACGUCGACCCAGCCUCGAAGCGAUACCUGAAUUGCAAGUAUGGGAAGAAGAGCAUGCUCCGAGAGAUCGGGAUGGCGAGCUCCGGGUAUGAGGUCACCAAGUACGUCUAUGCGACGCCCGACAUCGAUAUCCCGACGCAGGGCGGCACGUGCUGCAGCCGAUGGAUUGGGUACGUGGCUGUGUCGAUGGACGAGGAGGCGAGGAGGCUUGGGAGGAGGGACAUCCUGGUGUCCAUCCGGGGGACCGUCACCACCACCGAGUGGAUCGCCAAUUUCAUGAGCUCGCUCACUACGGCGAGAUUAGACCCCCACGACCCCCGCCCCGACGUGAAGGUCGAGUCCGGCUUCCUCAGCCUCUACACAUCCGAUGACAGCAGUUGCAAGUUCAGCAGUGGGAGCUGCAGGGAACAACUACUAUCCGAGGUCUCUCGGAUCAUCAACAAGUAUAAAGAUGAGGAGCUCAGCAUCACAUUGGCCGGACACAGCAUGGGAAGCUCUCUAGCUCUUCUACUUGGCUACGACCUCGCCGAGCUUGGAUUGAAUAGGGAUGGAUCCAACCGAGAGGUGCCCGUCACGGUGUACUCGUUCGCUGGCCCUCGGGUGGGCAAUUCGGGAUUCAAGGAGAGGUGCGAAGAGCUCGGGGUGAAGGUGUUGAGGGUGGUGAACGUCAACGAUCCCAUCACGAAGCUGCCCGGGGUCUUUCUCAAUGAGAAGUCCCGAGUGUUGGCGGGGAGAUUUGAGCUCCCAUGGAGCUGCUCCUGCUAUGCUCAUGUGGGAGUCGAACUGGCUCUGGACUUCUUUAAGAUGAAGAAUCCUGCAUGCGUUCAUGACUUGGAUGCUUAUAUCGGGCUACUGAAGUGCCCCAAGAUGGCGGCACAAGUUAGGAAGGAUGGGGCGAAUCUUCUCAACAAGGCGAAAAAGUUUCUAAGCUUGCAAAAGAUCGACGCAUGGCGAUGGCAAGAUGCUGCAAUGCAUGUUGGGGACUUGGUGCAAUCUCUGGGAAUAAUAUGA